CUUGCCAGAAAGCAUGUCCCGCUCCUUGAUCCACCUGCUAGUGCUGCUCCUCCCGAUCCUGGGCCACCUGGAUGCGGUGUACAGCAGCGAGAGUAUAAUGUUCAACAAGUGCGGCGAGGGACUGUCCAACUUAAUGAUUGACUUGUGCAUCAAUGGAUUUAAUACGCACUUUAGUCACAAGCGCGCCUCCUCCAUGACUGAUCUGAAUCUGUUCGAUUAUGUGGACAACAUGGUGGAUUCUAGGAACGAAGAGGUGGCUGUGAUCAAACCCCAUCAUCCCCGACUAAGCUCCCUGAUGGCCACCCGCCGUCUCUCCCGGCUAAUUGCCGACGAGUGCUGCGCCAAGAAGUGCUCUUUCAGCGAAAUUAUGGCCUAUUGCCACUAAAACAUGUGUUUUUACUACAAAAUAUACCAGCUUAUGGCAUUUAUAUUACGUGUACAUAUAUAUACUACACAGUAUUGUAUACUAUUGCUCAAAUGUGCUGCAUUUAAAAAUUAAUAAAAGUGUUUCAACUCACACCAAAAAAAACGAGAUCAUGACACUAAACUA